CAUGCGAUUAGCCCCGAAAUCGUGUCGAUAAGGAGCUCGUGUUAUUGUUGGCGUCAGACGCUGGUCGGGGGCCAAGGAUUGGAAGCCGUCGAAAAUCUGGUGUUUUCUCGGCCAUUAACUAAUGCGUCAUCGCGAAACCGUCAGCUUUGUGCAAUAUUUUGUUUAAAUGUUUAGCCGGCACACGUUUCCUGCGCUGUGUGUGAGUGCGCUGUGAACCACCAUGGACUUUGCCAGUGUGCUUGGCAAGAGCGAGGCGCACCAGCGCACCAUCAUCCACCUGGACAUGGACUACUUCUACGCGCAGGUGGAGGAGAUCCGGGAUCCAACGCUCCGCUCGAAGGCUCUGGGCAUCCAGCAGAAGAACAUUGUGGUCACCUGCAACUAUGUAGCGCGGGCUAAGGGAGUCGCCAAACUGAUGCUAAUUACGGAGGCGCAGCGCAUUUGUCCGGAAUUGGUGCUGGUCAAUGGAGAGGAUCUGGCCCCAUAUCGUCAGAUGUCGCAAAGGAUCUUCGACCUGCUAUUAAACUACACUCCUCUGGUGGAGAAACUUGGCUUUGACGAGAACUUUAUGGAUGUUACGUCGCUGGUGGAGCUGAGACAGGCACAUGCCGCUGAGGCACAGCAGAAACCAUUAGUGGGUCACACAUAUCCGACAGACGGCACUGAUUUGUCCGCCUGCGACUGCGGCUGUGCCCAGCGCCUGGCCAUCGGCACUCGAAUCGCCCAGGAAAUCAGGGAGGAACUUAAACUCCGCCUGGGAAUCACCUGUUGCGCCGGAAUCGCAUACAAUAAGUUGCUGGCCAAACUCGUCGGCGGUAGCCACAAGCCGAAUCAACAGACUGUUCUCGUAUCCACCUAUGCGGAGCAGUUCAUGCGGGAACUGGGAUGCCUGAAACGCAUCACUGGAAUAGGCCAGAAAACGCAGAGCCUGCUGCUGGAGGCGGGCAUGUCCUCCGUAGAACAGUUGCAGCAGUGCGACAUGGAUGUAAUGCGCAAAAAGUUCGGUUUUGAGACGGCCACCAGGCUGAGGGAUCUAGCCUUUGGUCGGGACACUAGCUCCGUGCGUCCCACUGGAAAGCCCAAGACCAUAGGCAUGGAGGAUGCCUGCAAGCCCAUCUCUGUGCGCACAGAUGUGGAGGAGAGAUUUCGCAUGCUGCUCAAGCGCCUGGUGGAGCAGGUCGCCGAAGACGGUCGCAUUCCGAUAGCCAUCAAGGUGGUGCUGCGCAAGUUCGACACCCAGAAGAAGAGCAGCCACCGCGAAACCAAACAAGCCAACAUCCUACCCUCUCUAUUCAAGACCUCCACUUGCCCUGGGGAAACAGGCGUGAGCAAGGUUCAAUUGGCAGACGGAGCCCAAGACAAACUCCUCAAGAUUGUGAUGCGCCUGUUCGAGCGGAUCGUGGACAUGAACAAGCCCUUCAACAUCACCCUGCUAGGACUGGCCUUUUCCAAGUUCCAGGAGCGCAAAGUGGGCUCCUCAUCCAUAGCAAAUUUUCUGAUCAAAAAGGCCGAUCUCGAGGUGCAAUCGAUCACCUCGCUGACCAAUACGAGUCUCACGAGUCCAACAGCGGAGAGCCCAACGUCGAACGAGUGCGCCUUCCGUUCGUCGCCAACGACAUUUAAGCCGAGCGAUCAGUUUUACAGAAGAAGAGCCACUACGGCCUCUCCCGUGCCGAUGCUGCUUGAUAAUGGCUCUGAAUCUGCGGCCACCAAUUCGGACUUUAGUGACUUUUCGGAAACGGAAGUGGAACCCUCGCCGAAGAAAAGCCGCAUUGGGCGUUUACUUGUUUCAAAACGCAGCCGUUUGGCGGCGGAUGUAACGGAAACCGCCGCAGAUGUUGCUUCGCCUAGCAAACUACGCGUAUGUGAUCUGCGUCUGAACUCGCGGGAUAGCGAAAAGGACUUCCCCAUGAGCACCACGCCCUCAACUUCCACAUCGGGAAGCGCUCCUCGUUUCCGCACCGUCCAGCCGCCGAAUACGCUGUUGCAGCGAAUCGACGGCAGCCUCCGGUUCGUGGCCACUCGCACUGCCAGCCGUCUAAGCUCAAAUGCCAGCUCCACAGCCUCCUCGCCACUGCCCUCGCCGAUGGAUGACUCGAUGGCAAUGAGCGCUCCCAGCACACCGACUAUCACAGCAGCCGUGGCGACUACCAACAGCAGCACGUCUGCCAGCGAAGCCCUCUCCAAUAUCGCCUGUCCGGCGGGUGUGGAUGCAGAGGUGUUUAAGGAGCUGCCGGUGGAGCUGCAAACCGAACUGAUUGCGUCGUGGCGCAGCUCUCUAGUGGCAGCAGCGGUGGAGCAAACAAAUGGAGCUGCCAGCAGCAGUGCUGCAGCUGCACGAGCCGGUGGUGCCCAGGCCACUGCAACCACUGCCAGUGGCGGAGGUCAGAAGAACACGCUGUAUCGCUACUUUCUGCGAAACAAGUGAUGCAGUGCAUCUAAGCAUCACAUCUCCUCUAGUUGUAAGGUCAAAGUGAAUAAACCCGUUUAUAAUA